CUUGAAUAGUUGAAUUUGUACUGCGUCAAAUGAUCAGCUGGUUGACUCUGAUACGUCGAGUUGUCAUAUUAACUUAUAUAUUAUAUAACUUAGACGCUCCCGUAACGCUUCUACGCCGUACCGUACCACACAUUCAAAAUGAUUUCCGUUUGGCUAUGAAUUUCUUUCAUAGCAUUAAUUUCUUCAUUCGUUUCAAGCGCUUGUUUUUAUGGAUUUUACAACGAGUCGAAACAAUCGCAACCCAUGAAUAAAUCACACAUUCAAUAGAAUCGAACCGUAUAUUCGAAUUUCAUCAUACAAACACACGCAUAUAGAAUCACUUUGUGAAUACGUACAAAGGAGUAUUGUUUACGUUCAUAUGUGUUGCUUAUCAGCAUGUGUAGCGUUUUGUUUAGCCGCAGAAUCGAAUAUAAAAGUAUUUUCACACAUUGACUUUCAGCUGGGUCCUCAGUUACUUAAUACUUCCGCGUGAUCGACGUUUGAUUUUGUGAAUCAACUUCAAAAAUUACAAAGUGUCGGGAAAACUUAGUGAAAAUGAUAGAUUUUAUAACAUUUUCAAUUAAUUUUUAUACUUUAUAAUGGUAAACAAAUGGUUUGAGUUUAAAUUUCCAAUACCAGUGAAUUAAAAUAUGAACAAAUAAAAUUCGAGCAAUCAAAAAGUCAAAGAAAAUUCAUAAGAAGCAAAUAAAAUGAUAAAAAUGAAUUGAUUUGAAUUCAAUUACUUUUAUUGAAACGAAAUUCUUUUUUCUUCGCAAUAUAUUAAAUUCAUAUUCGGGCAAUUUGAUGAAUUAAAAAUGAGUAAACUUCCGAUUUCGGAUCCAUUUCUUGUACAGAAACUUCAACUUCUGGCAAUUUUGUGUACUUUGGCAACGACAGUGCACGGGUAUAGAAUCUUGGUUUUGGCGCCAAUAAAUCGAAAUAGUCAUUGGAACUAUAUGCAAGUCUUUGUCAAUGAGCUUCUGACACAAGGACAUGAGGUGACGUGCAUUACGAGCAUCAAAUUGAGUGGGCCAAAACAUGAAAAAUAUAUCGAAAUUCUCAUUGAUCCUCCAUAUAACAUGCAGAAUAUUAUCAAAGACGAGGACAUUUACAAAGUCGUUCACUAUUCACCAUUUGCCGUGGUAGAUGCGUUUCGAUCGUUUGCCAACGCUUCAUUAGACUAUGCACUUGCGGACAAAAAUGUGAAGAAAUUCAUUCACAGAACGGAUUUGCACUUUGAUCUUGUGAUCAAUGAGGACAUAUAUUACGAUGCUCUAUUGAUGUUUGGACACAAGUUCAAGGCGCCAAUUGUGACAAUUUGCCCUUACGGUAUACCCGAUUUCUUUGACCAUGAAAUGGGUCUUUUAACACCGCUUUCACAUGUUAGCCACACAUUGCUCACGUACACAGAUCAAAUGAACUUCUUCCAAAGAUGGCACAACACAAUCCUUUCCGGCUAUGACUGGUUUUUGCGUCGCUUCUAUCACGUUCCGUUGCAAACAAAUUUAUUGAAGAAACACUUUGGCCAUUUGAAGCCACUGCCAUCGAUUGAUGAACUCCGUAAAAAUAUCUCCGUAAUUUUUGCAAAUGCUCAUCGAGCUAUCACACAUCCGCGACCAUCAAUGCCCAGUUUGAUUUAUAUUGGUGGAGCCCACAUUAAACCACCAAAAUCAUUGCCAAGCGAUAUUCAACAAUUUUUAGAUGAAGCCAAUGACGGUGUGAUUUUCUUCAGCUUGGGGAGCGUUGUUAAUGCAUCGAAAAUGCCCAAGGCGAAGCUAAAUGUAUUUUUGGAAACCUUCAGCCAGCUCAAACAACGAGUGAUUUGGAAAUUUGAAGAUGAAUCUAUCGAAAAUCUCCCUGAAAACGUGAUAGUUCGCAAGUGGUUGCCACAAAAUGACUUGCUCGCUCAUCCAAAAGUCAUCCUCUUCAUAACACACGGUGGUAUGCUGUCCAAUUUCGAAGCAGUUCACUAUGGCACUCAAGUGCUGGUGAUUCCGUUUGCUUUUGAUCAAUACCGAAACGCAUUACGCGCUCAAAGUGCUGGAUAUGGAAAGUAUUUGGACUUCAAUGAAAUCACAAAAGAAUCUUUUUCUGGGGUACUCAAUGAAUUGUUGUCGAAUAAGCAAUAUUCGAUAAAAGCCAAGGAGACUGCAGCGAUUUUCCGUAAAAACCCAAUAAAUCCCAUGGACGAAUUCAUCUGGUGGGUGGAGUAUGUCAUCAAAUUUCAAGGCGCAAAACAUCUGAAAUCAACUGCCGUUGACAUGUCAUUGUUUACAUAUCUUUUGUUAGAUGUACUUUUUGCCAAUUUAGUGUUGCUAUCCAUUCUUGCUUAUGUCCCUUAUUUUGUUUAUCAAAAAGUACUUUUGAUGAAAAAAUUUCUGGAAAUGAAAGAGAAAGAGCAGUGAUCA